AUGAGCAUGCAACAAGUGCCUGCGGCUCAAUCAUCUGUUCCACGUGAAGAUGAACAGCAUCACCACGACACCCACGACACCCACGACCCCACUUCGUUGCAAAGUUCCACACAAUCGGAUUCUUCUUCUCAUUUCAACACAUCUUCAGACGAAAAGAUUGACAAACGAGAACCACCUUACUACGGCCCUGAUCGUACAGUACAGGAAGCCGAUAUCGAACGCCAACCAUCUGUAUACAGCUACACAAGGGACGGAGACGAACUAACAAGACUUGAAUUGGAUGCUCAGUUGUCGCGGGAACUUUCACGAAGAAUAACAAACACGGGUUCCUUUCUAGUACAGGAUUAUGCCAACAGCAACACUACUGCUCGUCUCAAGAUGGGAGAGAAUAUACCAUUCCCGCCAAAGUUACCCGACAGGAAUGCGUAUUGUGUCGCAUUCAACGGCAUUGACGACCCUUUGCAUCCUCACAACCUCCCCCUUUACAAGAAAAUGUUGUUUAGUAUCUCUGUUGCAUUGGCUGCAUUAUCAUUUUCAAUGGGUUCAGCAAUGUUUUCUCAAGCUACUCAAGACAUAAUGGCCAUUUUCCAUGUUGGGGAGGCGGUGGUUGCCCUAGGUACUUCGUUAUUUGUGUUUGGAUUUGCUGCUGGACCGGUGUUACAUGGGCCCAUGUCUGAAUUGUUUGGUAGGAAACCAGUUAUGGUGAUCUCGUGUUUUUGUUAUGUUUGUUUCCUGUUUGCUACCGCCACGGCAAAAGAUUUGCAAACAAUUAUGAUUUGUCGCUUUUUUGCUGGGUUUACUGGCAGUGCACCAUUUGUGGUUGCCCCUGCGGUGGUGGUGGAUAUGUUUAGAGCAAGGGUGAGAGGGCUGGCAAUGUCGGUGUUUUCGUGUGCAUUAUUCGGUGGGCCAAUGGUUGCGCCUAUCUUGGGAGGGUUUAUUGUCAAGAACAAGAGUUUAGGGUGGAGAUGGACUUCGUAUAUGUCGGGGAUAAUUGGGUGUGUGGCGUUGGUGAUGAACACGUUUGUUUUGGAGGAGACGCAUCAUCCGGUGUUGUUGGUUCGGAAAGCAGAGUUGUUGAGAAGGCACACUGGUAAUUGGGGGAUAUUUGCCCCUCAUGAGGAGGUUUCACUAAGUUUAAAAGAGAUUGUGAGGAAUAAUAUAAUGAGACCUUUAAAGUUGCUCUUUUCUGAGCCGAUUAUAUUCUUGGUUAGUAUUUACAAUGCAUUCAUCUACGGUAUGCUUUAUGCUUUAUUGACCAUCAUACCUACCAUUUUCACAGGGCGAUACCACUGGUCACAGGGGGUUGGUGAGCUUCCCUACGUAUCAAUGCUACUUGGAGUGUUUCUUGGAGGGGGAAUAAUCAUCUAUUCGGAAAUCUUGUUAAACAGGAAAAUGGAUGCUACCGGAGAACAACCGGCUCCAGAGGCAAGAUUACCGCCAGUUAUGAUUGGUGGUGUUUCUUUUGUUGUGGGGAUAUUUUGGCUUGGAUGGACAGGUGAUUAUGCCGAGCACGUGCAUUGGAUUGUGCCCGUCAUUGGUGCAUUUUUUGUAGGUAAUGGGUUGAUGUUGAUUUUCCUACCGACCAUGAAUUACAUCAUUGAGUGUUACUUGUACAUUGCCGCCUCAGCGUUAGCUGGAAAUACGUUUCUCCGAUCAUCGUUUGGCGGCGCAUUCCCAUUGUUUAGUCCACAAAUGUUCAACAAUUUGACAAUUAAGUGGGCGGCAACAUUGUUGGGAUGUUUGGGGUUGGUGAUGCUUCCUUUACCAUUUGUGUUUUACAAGUAUGGUGCUGCGGCAAGACAAAGGUCGAAAAAUGCAAUGAGUUAG